AUGGCGUACAUCGUUGGACUCAACAGCGGCUCGUCAUUUGACGGCGUCGACGCUGUUCUGUGUAAAAUCUCUCUCGCAGAGGACGGCCAUCCCGUCCGUCCAGAAUACAUCGAUGGCCUGACAGUAGACUGGCCAUUGGAGCUGCAGCCUCUCAUUCUACGAGCUUUCGACAACGACCUCACCAUUUUUGAGAUGACGAGACUGAAUUAUGUCGCUGGUGCCUUGUACGCAGAGGCAGCGAAUGAUCUGAUCGCUCGAAAUGGUCUCAAGCCACAGGACAUCUUCGUCAUUGGAUAUGACGGCCAAACAAUCUACCAAGAACCACCAAACCGCGCCAAGGAGCGUGAAUACAUCCUGAGCGGCAACAAAAGCCUACCGGACCUGUGGUUGAAGGGCGGAUAUCCCUGCGGUUUCUUCGUUGCGGAAUCUGGCGUGGUAGCGGCAUUGACCGACGUGGAUACUGUCACGCAGUUCAGACCAAUCGACCAUGCACUCGGCGGUUCAGCCGCGCCUCUCAUGCAGUAUCUCGACUUCGUUGCGUUCCGAAACGACGGGCCUACCGUGACGCUGAACAUUGGCGGCAUUGCCAACUUGCAGCUUGCGGACAAGGAUCGCAGCAAGAUGAUGGCCUUUGACACUGGCCCCGGCAACGUCAUGAUUGACCACGUAGUCAAAGCCCGGACGGGGCGCGGAUACGACAAGGACGGAGAACUGGCGGCAAAGGGCAGCAUCAUCACGUCGCUUCUAGAUGAGCUUCAAACGCACGACUUUUUCACACGAAAGCCCCCUCGCUCGGCCUGGCGAUUGGACUUUGGUGCCAGUUACGCCGACCGCAUUCUGGAGAAAAACGCGGCCGAGUCCACAGAAGACAUUCUCGCCACGCUCACCAGGUUCACGGCCUUGUCCAUCACAAGGAGUCUCGCCGACUUUAUCCUUCCCCGGACGUCUGUUGUGCGCGUCAUCGCAUCCGGCGGCGGCACAAGGAACGCGACAUUGAUGAAGGACCUGGGGGCUGAAAUGGCCAAACACGACCUCACGCUUUCCGUGAGCGACAAGUUCGGAAUCCCAGCUGCCUACAAGGAAGCCAUCAAGUUUGCGACACUUGCGUUUGCGAACAAGAAUGGUCUGGCAAACAACAUUCCGGCUGCUGGAGGCGCUGUGAAGUACGCUGUUCUUGGAAAAUUAUCCCUUGCGCCCUGGAGAGCCAAGCAUGCGGAGGAAGUUGUUGGUAGAAACGAAAUGGUGUUGGGUUUAGGAAAGGCAAACGGAACGCAUGCUAAUGGAACGCAUACCAACGGGACUAACGGGUCUCAAUGAGUGAGGGUAUGGAAUAUUAAUGAAUGCUCAUGCUAGAAGUCAAAUGC